GGAAGGCGGGAUCGCCCUUUGCGUCGCUUCCGCGCUUGGGGUCUGUGGCCGCGGGCUCGUGUUUUUCCCGGUGCGGAGCCUUCCCGCCUGCCUCUCAACCCCGUUCCUUGGACUUUUGGGACGUCUGUUGCCGGUUCCUUGCUUCAGCAACUGCAGAGGGCAUCUGAGAGAGUUGCGCCCUGCCUGGAUUUCUGGGAAGAAUUACCGAUUGGGCCAGUGAUCCGACAGGUUUCCUGCGCAUGUCCGAUCCCCGCGGGAGGCCUAGGGCCCGGGGUGGACGGAGGAGGGAUGCGUCCCUCGCCGGCCCGGGAUCUCUGGCUGGCCGGGCGCCUGGACGCUUCCUGGAUAAGCAGGAGAUGCCACGAGAAGAGUGCAGCUAAAUAUCAAAGAAAUGCGCAGGAGAGCUGGAAAGACUUCCUGGGAGAGGUGGCAUUUGAUCUGAGUCUUAAAGAUGGAUAGGUUUUAAGAAGCAGGAGAUGCUGGGAGACGGAAUAGUUUAACGCCCGUAUUAAAUGGUUAUUUACUGGAACCUCGUUCUGUUACCACUUGGAGCACAGAUGGGCUGCUGGAAUGGCGGGCCUCCAGACUGAUGUGGAAAUGCUCUAUCCUGAGACAGUUGUACACGUGGGCAGGGUGACUUUUGGAGAAGAGAACAGGAAGAAGAUGAUCAAUAGCUAUCUGAAAAGAACUGAGAAUAAGAAGAUCAUCCAAGCCACCUGCGCGCUGUUAAAUUCUGGAGGGGGUGUGAUCAAAGCAGAGAUUGAUGAUGAAACCUACAGUUACCGAUGCCACGGGCUGGGACAGGAUCUGGAAACUUCUUUCCAAAAGCUCCUUCCUUCAGGUUCACAUAAAUACCUGGACUACGUGCAGCAGGGGCACAAUCUCCUGAUUUUUGUGAAGUCCUGGAAUCCAGAUGUUUUCAGCCUUCCCCUACGGAUUUGCAGCUUGCACUCCAAUCUAUACCAGAGAGCUUUGACUUCCACCAUCAAUUUGACUGCCAGGAGUGCCCUGGAGCUUCUCAGAGAGAAGCAGUCUAGAGCCCAAAGAGGAAGAUCAAGGGUGAGGGACCUGAAUUCUCAGACAGUUCCUGACAGAGACAUUCAGGAAGAGAAAGAUAUGAGGAAUUCUGCCUCAGAAUUGUUCCAAAAGGACAGGCUCAUGUAUAAGGAGAAACUCAAUUUUACUGAGUCAACCCAUGUCGAGUUUAAAAGGUUCACCACCAAAAAGAUUGUCCCCCGGGUUAAAGAGAUCCUGUCCCAUUAUGUUUCUGCAUUUGCCAACACUCUUGGAGGAUACCUAAUUUUGGGGGUAGAUGAUAAGAGCAAAGAAGUGUUUGGAUGUAAGCGAGAAAAAGUGAACCCCGACUUACUAAAAAAAGAAAUAGAAAACUGUGUAGAAAAGUUGCCAACAUUCCACUUCUGCUGUGAGAAGCCAAAGGUGCAUUUCACUACCAAAAUCUUGAAUGUCUACCAAAAAGAUGUCCUGUAUGGUUAUGUCUGCAUGGUCCAAGUGGAGCCCUUCUGCUGUGUAGUAUUCACAGAGGCCCCGGAUUCCUGGAUCAUGAGAAAUGAUGCUGUCACAAGGCUGACGGUGGAGCACUGGGUGGCCAUGAUGUUGGAUGUUCACUCAAGUAAAACAGAAGAGAAGUCGUCAUCCAGUUGGCAGGGAGGAACCCCUUCGGUAUCUUCUGUGGCUGUUCAGUCAGCAACUUCCAGUUUGGCCGCUGACUCCCUGUGUGCACCAGCUCCAUCAACACUAGGAAGCCCAUCAUUUCCCAUAAAAGUCUUGGAAUUCAAGGGGCCUCUGCAACAGCGUCUGUUUCCAGUGACACAGGAAGAGAUACAGUUUAAACCAGAAUCCCUCUGUAAGAAGCUCUUCUUGGAUCAUAAAGGACUCGAGGAAUUAAUGAAGACACAGAUAUAUCCUUGUUCUCAGGGGAUUGUGAUAUUUUCUAGAAGCUGGGCUAGUGAUAUUGGCUUAAGGAAAGAGGAGGAUGUUCUGUGUGAUGCUCUCCUAAUAGCAGUUAACAGUCCCCCGGUACUCCAUACAAUCUUAAAAAACCCCAGUUGGAAUGGAGGGCUUGAGUAUGCCCGAAACACUGCUCAUCAGUUAAAGCAGAAACUGGGAACUGUUGGUGGUUACACAGGGAAAGUGUGUGUUAUCCCAAGGCUGAUGUACCUGCCCAGCAUACAGUGUAGCCCUGGUGAAAUCCUCGUGCACUACCCCCAAUCCUACAGGCUUACUACCAAGGAUGAAGUGGAAGACCUGUUACAGGCCCUUAUUGUAGUCUCACUGUGUUCCAGAUCUCUUCUGAGUGACCAGCUGGGCUGUGAGUUUUUCAACUUGCUCAUAGAGGAGCAGUGUGAGUUACUCUCAGAAAACCUUCAGGAGACACGUGAAUUGUUCAUCCACUGCUUUCCGGGAACCAGAAAGACAGCCCUAGCCAUAAAGAUCAUGGAGAAAAUCAAAGAUUUGUUCCAAUGCAAACCAAAAGAGAUUCUUUAUGUUUGUGAAACUGACUCCUUAAAGGAUUAUGUGACCCAACAAACAACCUGCCAAGCUGUGACCCGGAAGAUCUUCUUACAAGGGGAGUUCCUUAAGAUUAAACACAUAGUGAUGGAUGAUACUGAGAAUUUCUGCAGUAAAUAUGGAGACUGGUACUUGAAGGCCAGGAGCAUCACUCAUCCAAAGGUGAAGGGAGCUGGCAGUGAAAACCUUCAUCACGGGAUCCUCUGGAUUUUUCUGGACCCCUUUCAGAUCGAUUGUGCAGAUAUUAAUGGUCUUCCCACUCCAUCUGCUCAGUUUCCCCGAAAAACAAUCACCAAUGGGAUCCACUGUGCUCUGGAAAUAGCAAUGGUCAUGAAAGAGGAAAUGAAGAGGAUCAAAGCAAAUCCUCCCUCCAGCCUGGCCCCAGACACACUGUCAUUGUUCAGGGAAGAUGCCUACGAGGAAGCAGUGGGUGCCCAGGCUCUGCCUGGGGUGUUUGAGACAGAGACUAGCCUGACUAUGGAACAAAUUGUGAAACGGGUGGCCGAAAGGUGUCACAACCUGUUCCAAUGUGGCUAUCAGCCUCAAGACAUUGCAAUUCUGUGCAGGAAAGGGGAGGACAGAGGACGCUAUGAGUGUGCACUUCUAAAAGCAAUGGAAUUAUUUGAAACCCAUGGAGUGACAAAGGUUGUGUUUAGCCAGGCCUCUGGCGUUUCGGGCAGUUGCAUCGUUUUAGACAGUAUUCAGCAGUUUUCAGGCCUGGAGAGGAAUAUUGUGUUUGGGCUUAGUCCAGAAUGGACUCUGUCAGAAGAAGCUCAUAAGCUCCGCUUUGCCUCACGGGCCAUUAAACACCUCUACCUGUUUUAUGAAAAGAGGGCAGCUUUCUGAAAAUUAUUUUUAACAGUACAGGCAGCCAGGAAGGGCAGUGUCCCUUCUCCCAGGCAGGUGGCAGCCACUCUUUCUCACGUAUUAUCAGUGAGGAAAUCAAGGCACAGUAAGUAUGGAUAGUGUAGAGCCACGGAGACAUCUCUUGGGCGAGACCCUUCCAUUCUAUGCGCUGUCACUGUCCUUUUCCCCAUCCACUUCACCUCCUUCCUGUACAGUGAUAGCAGACUGAAGAUUGGUCCUCUGCCUCUGGUCUUCCUAGACCAGUCCAUCUUUCAGGGACCAGACCUUGUCCUUAGAUAAAGAAUGGAGUGUGCGGCAUCCCCUGCCAAUAUAUCUGCAGUGAGUCCCUGAAGUCUUCAGGUCAAACCCAUUUCCAAGGUAUUCCAUGAUACACCCUGACUUACUCUUCUAACACAUCCUUUGUUCUACUUCCUCUCCCAAUAUGUAUAAGGCACCCCCAGCCUUGCUGGCCUAUUUUGAAAGUAGGAGAUAAGAUGCCCUCCAGGCUAUGAACAUUGAUUGGCUAUCUCAAGGGCAGCACCUUGGUUAGCACCUCUUACUGGCUUUGGGUCUCAAGCUUUAUGGGCCUAGAACUUGAUUUCCUCUUUGCACUAAGUAUGGAUUAGUCUCUUGGGGAUGGCUUUAUGGUAAUCAAGCUCACAAAAGACCAAUGCAUAAAUGAAAAUAUCAGUCUAUCAAUUCAUAGUAAGGAUUGUAGUAACAAGUGGGCCAGAUACUUUUGCUAAUCAGUAUAUUCAACACUAACAUAGGAAGCCAAAUUAUACAAGCAGAGCUUUCCAACAAUGGUAAUCUCAUUCAAAUGUAUGAAGACUCUAAGCAAUGUUAGACUACUGCAAUCAUCUCUAAAAUAGGGAUAUUUCACCACAAGGAAUAGAUAGAUCAGGUUUACAAAAUAAUGCAAAUUUAGAAUGCUGAAGGUGACAAAAUGUUCCACAUUCUCUGGCUCAGAUGAAAUUUCUCUUCUCUCCUAGUUUCUAAAGUUUUCAGGUUGACCACCAACCUUCGCCCUCACUCCUCCCAACACAGACGCACUUUGCUCACCUUCAUUCUCUACAUGUUGUUACAUUCACCUAGGCUCAAAACUGCUUAUACUCUGCUGCUGGCCUGGGAAAUGGUCUGUGUAUAGGAGGCCUUUGUACAUCUCUGAGCUCUUCCAUUAUGAUUUGGUGUUAAUUUUAAUCUAACUCAUAAGUUUACAGGGAGCCUGGAUGGCAAUGCUACUAACUAUACCACCCCACCCGUACAUACUCCUGGCUCCCGGCUGUGUUCUCUUCUCAGCUUUCAAACCCUUGUCUGCCCCUCUACCUGCUGAAAUCCUUACUUGCCAACAAGUUCUAGUUCAAAUGUCCAACUCCUCAAGUAAACUUUCACCAUCCCCCUAACUUAAAUUUGGUCUCUCCUUUUUGCAGCCAUUCUAUGGCUUAAAAGACUUGAUGAAAGUGCCAAACUCAUUCUUAAGCAUGCCACAGAAGUAGCUGUUGGCAUCAUCAUAUCUAUGCAACAUGUUCCUAUAAUGUCUUCUUUCCAACGUAUGUGAAAUAGAAAUAAAAUCAAAAGUUCCCUUUCUCUAGUCAGCCCCCAAAAUUGCUAAGCUCUUCAAUGCAAUCUUGCUUUCCUGUUUGUAAGGAUUUUUAAGCUGCUUUGAAGAUAUUCUGAUUUCCGGAUUGUUUUUAAGUCCUGGAAAGGUUUAGGACAACUUUAUUGAUGCCAGGGAGGCAUGAGUGCAAAAGAAAGUGUGGAAAUAUUCCUCUGGCUAUAAUUUCAGAUAAAGCUCAUCAGGUUUCUUUCUUUUUUUUUUUUUUUUUAUGAUAGUUACAGAGAGAGAGGGAGGCAGAGACAGAAGCAG